UGCGAGAGUGGCGGCGGCGGGCGUAGUCCGAGACUGGCAGUGAUUUGGGCGCACCGCGUUCUCGCGAUCAUACAAAGCGCGUAAAUUCACGGACAUUGUCCAAAAGAAAAUUAGUACCAAUUACUAGGUGACGCUGUGUUUUUGUUGAACGUCUGCAGUUUUUAUAUUUUAAGCAAUUUACAUACAUUUGAAACCAUGGAGCCUGGAGAUUUCAAGGAUUUUGCGAAAGCAAUGACAGACUACAUUGCUGAAUAUUUGGAAAACAUCAGAGACAGACAAGUGGUGCCGUCAGUGAAGCCUGGGUACCUCCGGCCACUGGUGCCAGCACAGGCCCCAGAGAAGCCGGAGCCCUGGACCGCAGUCAUGGCUGAUAUCGAGCGAGUCGUCAUGUCAGGAGUCACGCACUGGCACUCGCCCCGGUUCCACGCAUACUUCCCUACCGCCAACUCUUACCCGGCCAUCGUGGCUGACAUGCUGAGCGGAGCUAUCGCCUGCAUUGGCUUUACUUGGAUUGCGAGUCCAGCGUGUACGGAAUUGGAGGUUGUGAUGCUGGACUGGUUGGGCCAGAUGUUGGGUCUGCCCGAGUCGUUCCUGGCUCGGUCGGGAGGCGAGGCCGGUGGCGUCAUCCAGGGCACUGCCAGCGAGGCCACGCUGGUCGCUCUACUGGGGGCCAAGAACCGCACAAUUAUACGCGUGAAGGAACAACACCCUGAAUGGACUGAUAUUGAGAUAAUUUCGAAACUCGUCGGCUAUUGCAACAAGCAAGCUCAUUCUUCGGUGGAAAGGGCUGGUCUCCUGGGUGGUGUGAAGCUGCGUUCGCUACAACCAGACGGAAAGAGGCGCCUUCGUGGUGACACUUUGCAGGAAGCCAUCGAGGAAGAUAUCCGCAAUGGAUUGAUUCCAUUCUAUGUGGUGGCCACAUUAGGUACAACAUCUUCUUGCGCAUUCGACGCCUUGGACGAAAUUGGUGACGUAUGCUCCAAGCAUGACAUCUGGUUACAUGUCGACGCAGCUUAUGCGGGAUCAGCCUUCAUCUGUCCUGAAUACCGUUACCUCAUGAAAGGCGUUGAAAAAGCGGAUUCCUUCAAUUUCAAUCCACACAAGUGGAUGCUCGUUAACUUCGACUGUUCCGCCAUGUGGCUCAAAGAACCGCGUUGGAUCGUCGAUGCCUUCAAUGUCGAUCCCUUGUACUUGAAACACGACCAGCAGGGAUCAGCUCCAGACUACCGUCACUGGCAAAUACCUCUCGGACGUCGUUUUAGAGCGCUUAAGUUGUGGUUCGUUUUACGUCUGUAUGGCGUGGAAAAUCUCCAAAAGCACAUCAGAAAACACAUUGCGCUUGCUCAUCUAUUUGAAAAGUUGUGCAGCGCUGACGAAAGGUUCGAAAUUUAUGAAGAAGUGACUAUGGGACUUGUCUGCUUUAGACUUAAAGGCGGUAACGAAAAGAAUGAGGAACUGCUCAGGCAUAUAAAUGGAAGAGGCAAAAUUCAUUUAGUUCCUUCUAAGAUCGACGACACAUACUUCCUUCGAUUAGCGAUUUGCUCACGUUUCACCGAAGAUAGUGACAUUCAUAUAUCUUGGGAGGAGGUAAAGGCUGCUGCUGAUGAUGUACUUAAAGGUCACUGAAUCGCUUUGCAUUUCGAUAUAUUAUAGCAAUAAUUAGAGCCAAAACAUAAAUUAGACAACUAUGCUGCUACUUUCUAUAAAGCAGGAGAGAAUCGAGAUAUUUAAAGAUUAUUAAAAUUUGAUGGUAUUUAUUGUAUUUAGAUGCACAGUAUAUGUAACUGUAAUAACUGUGAUAGAAAAAUGUUUAGUAAAUGAAUUGUAGUGCCGUUUGUGACAAUAAAUAGGUAUCUAAAUAAGAUGUCUUCUCCCGUAAAAUGAUUACAUAGUGACAAUAAAAUGAUUGCUCUUUCCUAUUGUAGAACAAUAUUUUUGUGUUCAAUAUUAUUUAAAAUCAGUUUUAAUGUCACUAGAUUAAUUAAUUUUGGUUCAUUAAUUGUGUAAUUAUAUUCCUAUACUUACGAUAAUUUAGCUAAUUAAAUGCCGUUUGUUGCCUAUACCUGUGAGUUGUGAUAAUUUAUUAUUAAAGAGUAUAAUAUCUACUUCGAUUCCUUAUUGGGAAACCAAAUGGGACCUAUGCUUAUGAUUGAAUAUAAUUUAAAUAAGAUACUUUAUUAUUGAAGAAAAAUUAAAUGUCUAUAUUCUUAAACGUUUACUUAUAUAGCCAUAUAUACCUACAUACUCUUAGUCUCUUCUUGCCUAUGUCAGCCUCAAACGAUGUACGUAACGUACUUACAAAAAGGGAUAGUUUCAUGUUUAAUUUUUAGACAAAUCUAGACUUAUAAAUAGCCUACCAUAAUGUGAUUACUUGAUUACCCAUGAACGAAGUAUGACUUUCUGUACCUACCUACCUAUUUUUGUUCAGUUGAUGAGGAAAUAAGCUAAAUGCUCACAUCUUGCAUAUUGUUAGUGUUACGCUUUUAGCAAUUUACGGAUAUGUGUCUAUUUAAAGUACCUAUAGCUGUUUGUUGAAUAUAAUAAACAUGAUUACUGUAUAAUAAACAGUGUUGUAUGAAUAUA